AUGUUGAAAAAUGGUUAUUUUGAUAUAGAAUUAACAAAAAAGGCUAAUGGUAGUUACAUUAUUAUACUACCUUUCAAUAUUACAUUACAGUUCAAUUAUAAAGAUGUUCCUAUUGUUACAGAUCCUGUUAGUUAUGUUCUUCAUUCAAGUGAUCUUGAUAUUACUCAAUUCGCAUUAAAGGGUUCUCAACUGUUGUGUACAUUUGCUUUUUUACAAGCAGUUGCAACAAAAUCAUUCAUUUGUUAUACAAUGCAUGCAAACAUGGAGAAAAGUAUUUGUAAUCGAAUUAUUCGAUACUGCCAAAGAGGAUUUACUUUUCUUGAACCUUAUGAAUUUGAUAGUCUCUUGUAUAUUGAUAUUAUGAAUGGUACUAUUCUUGAAGAAAGCAGAGAAGAAACAAGAGAAAUAAUGGAUGAAGAUGGUGAAAUUCAAACAAUAUCAUGCAGUCCAUCAAGUCGUACAGAAAAACGACCUGUACCUGAAGAUUUAAAUGUUCCGACAAAAAAGAUUAAAGUUAGUGGUGACUCAACAGAACAAAAGCCUGCAGCACCUGUUGUUACAGCAGGAAGUCAACCAAAAUUCAUUAGUGCAGCUGAAUUAGUUGUACCUCUACCCGAUAUCAGUGAUGAAGAACUUCUCGAAAUGGCAUUAGAGUUCGAACGUAAAUAUGGCUAUUAA